UAGGUGUUCUCCAAAGUUAAGAGGGUCUCCAUAUCUCACACUUCAUACACUGAGUUACAAGUCUCUAACUAGAUUAAAAUGAUUUCUAGCUAACACCUAGCAAACUGUGAACUUAAUGUAAGUAUAACGCCAAUGACGAAGUUGUUUUGUCGCAAAGUCAACAGUGAUUCCGAGAGAAUACUGUGACAGGACGGUGUUUUUUUAAGUAUGAUGCGUCGCCGGAGUAUUUUUCGUGUUUAAGACGUGAUCCGUUUGAUUCGAGGCAUUUUUGUGCGUUAGGGCUUAAAGGUUUUUUACUAUCGGUUACUGCAUUGGGUGAUGAUAGUGAAAAUGAUGUUGUGAUUAAAGAGCUACAGAUUCGUACGGAUACUACUGAAUUGCAGAAAUUAGAACGCGAUUCGACGUCUAGUGGAGGUAAUGGAGCUCCGGCGUCAGCUACAUUUCCGACUUACAUUGCGAAAUUCGCGUUUUCACCGCACUGGAGGCAUUUGAUGUUCGUGGCGUUUCCGAGGGAGUUGGUAGUGUUUGAUCUGCAGUAUGAGACAGCAUUGUUCUCGUCUGGGCUGCCGCGAGGAUGUGGGAAGUUUCUGGAGGUGUUACCAGACUCGAAUAUUGAAGUUUUGUACUGUGCUCAUCUUGAUGGAAAGCUCAGUACUUGGCGGCGGAAAGAGUUGAGAUGAGAUGCAAUGCUUGCUGGCGAGAACUGGAAGGAAAGGCCAUCACUACCACUUGUGGCCACGUCUUCUGUCAGAAUGAUGCUAGCAAGAUUCUCAGCAAUGAUGCCGCUUGUCCUAUCUGUGAUCAAGUUCUGUCUAAAAGUCUCAUGAAACCUGUGGACAUCAAUCCAGGCGAUGAAUGGAUAAAUAUGGUCAUGGCUGGAAUUACACCACAGAUAUUAAUGAAGAGUGCCUACAGAAGUGUGAUGUUCUACAUUGGGCAAAAGGAAUUGGAAAUGCAGUUCAAGAUGAACAAGAUAGUAGCUCAAUGCCGUCAGAAAUGUGAGAUGAUGCAGGAAAAAUUCUCUGAAAAGUUGGAGCAAGUACAUACUGCGUACCAGAAGGCGGCUAAAAAGUGCCAAAUGAUGGAACAAGAGAUUGAGAGCUUAUCUAAAGACAAGCAGGAACUCCAAGAAAAAUUUGCUGAAAAAUCCAGGCAAAAAAGAAAACUUGAUGAAAUGUAUGAUCAGUUGAGAAAUGAAUAUGAUUCAGUAAAGCGCACAGCCAUUCAGCCAAGUAAUUUCUUUUCAAGACCAGAGCCUGAUUUGUUCGCAGAUCCUGCUAAUAUGAUGGAUAACAGAGAUAAUAUGAGAAAAGGACCAAGAGAAGACAUAUGGCCACCAGCAAGACAGAAUAAUUCCAACUCUGGGCCUUUCGAUGUCUCGGGUGGCUCCCCUGUAAGACAGUCAGCGAUACCAGUGGAUGCUGGAAACAGACGAGCAGGUGGACGUCCUAUGCUUGGCGUGGCAACUGGAGCAAGCAAUCCCUCAAUGACCCUUAGGAAUCUCAUCCUAUCACCAAUUAAGAGACCUCAACUCUCCCGCAACAGACCACAGAUGUUCACGUUUUAAGUUGGGAGAUCUGUCAAUUUCAAUAGUGUGGAGAAAAAUAUGCUUGAGAUGCAAUGAUGGAUCAGGUUUCCUUGACGUUUUCAUUGGGAAAUUUUUCUGUGAAUUAAAGUGCCAGAUAUUGAAAUGCUAGCUGACUUUUCUUUUGUGGGGAGAAAAGUAAAGAUGAUGUAGAGUAAUGUUUCAUAGUUUACGUACAAAUAGAUGAUGUGAUAAGCAGUUUAAUACUUGCAACUUCUCUUGCACUACUUAAGUGUAGCAUAUGCCUCUUUCUUAAUUGAGGAUUCAGAAGUUGAUAGUCUGGAAAAUGGAAACACCACCUUCCUUGUGCUGUAAAUUACCAGUACUCUUUAGAUUACAUGCUGCUAACCUACCAAAACAUUUCUUUUGGUAUUUAUGUGAUCUCAUGAUAUCACGUGGGAAGGCAAGACAACAUUCGAAAUUGAAGCUUUUGGGAGUGAUUGGCAAAAACUUGCCCAUACCUGCACCAAAUUGUAUUAAUUUAUCAUGAUUAAGUGAUAAAUUGAGGUCAUAGUAUGCAUUGAUUAAUUACAGUUUAGUGAUAGUAGUGUAUGUAAAAAUACAUGUUAUGUAGCAUUCAUUGGAUUGGUGUAAAUAUCGGGUGUGGUUAAGUUU